AUGCGGAGCCGGCCGCGGAAUAACAUGGGGGGCGGCCACUCCCACAGGGCGCCCGUCUUCGACGAGAAUGAGGACGUUAACUUUGACCACUUUCAAAUAUUGCGGGCUAUUGGGAAAGGGAGUUUUGGAAAGGUGUGCAUUGUACAGAAGAGAGACACCAAGAAAAUGUAUGCCAUGAAGUACAUGAAUAAACAGAAAUGCAUUGAGAGAGACGAAGUCCGCAAUGUUUUCCGGGAGCUGCAGAUAAUGCAAGGCCUGGAACAUCCCUUCCUGGUCAAUCUGUGGUAUUCCUUUCAAGAUGAAGAGGACAUGUUCAUGGUGGUGGAUCUCUUACUCGGAGGGGACCUGCGCUACCAUCUGCAGCAGAACGUGCACUUCAAUGAAGGAACUGUAAAACUCUACAUUUGUGAGCUGGCCCUUUCCCUGGAUUAUUUGCAGAGAUACCACAUCAUUCACAGGGACAUCAAACCUGACAACAUACUGCUGGAUGAACAUGGACACGUUCAUAUCACUGACUUUAAUGUAGCAACCAUAGUGAAAGGCUCAGAAAAAGCUUCUUCUAUGGCUGGCACAAAACCCUACAUGGCUCCAGAAGUGUUCCAGGCUUUUAUGGAUGGAGGUCCAGGAUACUCGUACCCAGUAGACUGGUGGUCCCUAGGAAUUACAGCAUAUGAAUUGCUGAGGGGCUGGAGGCCCUAUGAAAUCCAUUCAGCCACCCCCAUCGAUGAGAUACUCAACAUGUUCAAGAUUGAAAGAGUUCACUACUCAUCCGCAUGGUGCAAGGGCAUGAUAGCACUACUGAAAAGGCUUCUCAUUAAGGACCCAGAGUGUCGCCUUUCAAGCCUUGCAGACAUCCAGAACUCUCCAUACCUGGCUGAUGUCAACUGGGAUGCUGUUCUAGAGAAAGCUGUUACCCCAGGCUUCGUUCCUAACAAAGGAAGACUGAACUGUGAUCCCACAUUUGAACUUGAAGAAAUGAUUUUAGAGUCCAAGCCUCUCCAUAAAAAGAAAAAGCGACUUGCCAAAAACAAAUCCAAAGAUGGAGCUAAGGAAACCUGCCCACUGAACGUACACCUGCAGCAGUGCUUGGAAACCGUUAGGAAAGAAUUCAUCAUAUUCAACAGAGAGAAGUUAAGAAGACAGCAGGAUCAAAGUGGGCAGACUUCCAGCCUUGACAGCAGAGCAUCUCUCCAGAGCCACGAGAAGCUCCAAGACGGGAGGAACAACAAUUUGCUGGGACAGGGCUGCACCAGGGGCUGCAGCAGCUAGUGAGCCCAGCCUGCUCCCACACAGGCAGCAAGGGGGGAUCCUCCCUGCAUCCC